AUGUCAUUUAUUGCCACAGUGUUGGUUUUCCUUGUAGUAAACGUCUUUAUUCGAGCUCUAGGGAGCCCUGUGCUACCAGUGUCUUCGGACGAAUUUAUGGAACUCGGAAUAAGCUCCACCGAAAAUCUGGGAUCGCGAACAGCUCAAGUUACCCGAAAGCCAAGUGCAACGAAUGUUCAAAGCAUCUGAAGCCCUCUGCUACACGUAAUUGGUUACUUGAAAGAUAUUUGA